AUGAAACUGGUUUUAUUCCUGAUUGGUAUUGGGCUCACACUUGGAGGAUAUAUUUAUCCUGAACGAUUACGAUUAAGGUUAGAUUAGGUAUUUAAGAUGUCCGACAAAGGCAUUAAACCUGGCCGGUGAUGCCACAGGCCAUUCUGAAUAAUAUGGGUAGACAUCCCUUUGAGUCCGUCGAGCCGUACUUCUCACCGGACAGGUGCCGUCGCCAUUACCGGACUCAGCUUCUGCACGUGUCCAGCCUGAGGUCCCUCCUUGGGUGUGCAGAGUGGAGAACCUUUAAACCUCUUGAACGCGCUGAGGAGAAGUUCUCUCUAGCCCGAUAUGACUAAAGUUGCACCACUUUUGCUAUGCAGAAGUUUUCCAGGCAAAUCAAACUCUAUAAAUAAAAAUUUCUAGGGAGAGAAAUUAGCAGAACGAAUUUCUCGAACCCCAAUUCCAUUUUUAUUUAUACAUUUAUUCUGAACAAAUUCACCUAUCCUGGACUGAGGAAAUAAGCCAGGUAAAGGUCACUUGGGUCACUUUCUUGGAUCUCCCUCCUCAAGCUGCUUAUAGACCAAUUUUAUGUGGGAAUGUUCCAUCACCUUCAAAUUUCACUAAUAUCAAAGGUGAAACUAAGAAGUUCCGCGAAAGCAAAAUUGGGUAUAAAUAUCAAUAUAUCCACACAGCAGUCUUCGGAAACCUUUUACCAACUUGCUGAUAUGAGUACAAGGUCGGCAAUUUUGGUGUCUGGAGUAAGACUUUUAUGUUCAGUGGGAGAACUCCCGAUACUGCUGAGACCUUUGAAACAGUCAAUGACCCUUAUACCUUAGUUAUUUUUGGAGACUGGGGGACUGGACCCAUUGGACAAUACACUAAACAUUUACUUGGAGAAGAGACAUUGACAAGAGACUAUCUCGGAAUCCUUCAUAUGGGUGACAUUGCUUAUAACAUGGAAGACGAAAACGGCAGGGUUGGAGACACCUAUUUAAGGAUGAUUGAGCCUAUAGCCGCCACUUAUCCUUACAUGACAGCUCCAGGCAAUCAUGACAGUUAUGGAAACUUCACCCAUUAUAAAAACAGAUUCAGCAUGCCUAACAAUGGAGUCAACGAAGGAACCGGCUAUUUCUAUUCUUUCAACCUCGGUCCUGCUCAUUUCAUAAUGUACAACACCAAUUCUUACUUCAAAGAUUAUAGAAAAGCGGAAGCAGAAGUCCAAACCCAAUGGCUCAUUAAUGAUUUGGCUGAAGCUAACAAGCAAAGAGACAUAAGGCCAUGGAUUAUUGUGUUAGCCCACCAUCCUUUAUAUUGCUCUCAAGACUGGUUUGAAGAAGGAAGCCAAGAAGACUGUGGAGAGCAGCCUGCUGUCCUUAAACCCAUUCUUGAAGAUUUGUUCUACAGUAACAGUGUAGAUCUCGCAAUGCAGGCGCAUGUCCAUAACUAUGAAAGAGAUGCUGCAAUAUAUAAAAACCAAACAAUUCCUAGCCAAUAUGAUGGACAGAAUAUCCAUAUAAAUCCAAAUGCGCCGAUUUAUAUUACGAGUGGGAAUGCAGGAAAUUAUCUUGAGCAUAAUGACCCAGCUUCAACAACUCCUCAGCCAUGGGCAAGGUUUUUAAGCAAUGAUUAUGGCUAUGGAAGAUUGACGGUCUAUAACAAUACUCAUCUGUAUUGGGAGCAGUUUAGCGCUACUGCGCUUACUGAGAUUGAUUAUGUUUGGAUUGUGAAAGAUCAACCAAGAUAUAAACCAUCUCUUAUUAACUAA